AUGUCAAGAUUCAACAAGACUCUCCAAGAAUUCAUAUCUUCAAAAUCAGAUUUUUCCGUGAUAUACUCGGCAUCAAAACACCACCACCACAGCCAAGGUCGUCUCAUAACACCAACCACCCAGCGAGUAUGCGUCUUGGACUCAUCAUUCAACCCCCCGCAUUUGGGCCACUACACCCUAGUCGAAGAGCUGUUAAAGAGCAACUACGACAACACCCCCAUGGCGAACAAGAGCAUCCUCCUUCUCUUGUCGACUCAAAACGCCGAUAAACUGACGAACCAUCUAUCGGGCGAGAUGUAUAGCCACAGACUAGAUAUGAUCCACUUGAUGGCGGAUGAUCUAGCAGCACGGUUUCCUCAGGUCGACAUCGCCAUCGGCUUGACGAAACACGCCAAAUUUGUCGACAAGUCGCUUUCAAUCAUCGAGUACAUCGACGCUGAUGCAAUCUUGAACUCGGCAGCCGAGGGUCUCCCCAUCGUGAAACACCCCAAUUUCAAACUCACCUUCUUGAUCGGCUUCGACACCUUGAUCCGGAUCUUGAACCCCAAAUACUACUUGCCCGAUAAAUUGUCCUUGUCGUUGGAACAUUUCAUGAAGAUGACCGACUUGUUCUGUCUUACGCGACAGGUUGACUCGACUACGAUUGCCAAACAAGAGGAUUACAUCCUGGAGAUCUCGAGCGGCGUCCAUGAAGAUAUCCCUAGUCAUUGGUCCAAGAAUAUCUUCUUGGUGACGAACUUGAACCGGGCCGUGGCUGAUAUUAGCAGUUCGAGCAUUAGAAGACAAAUAGGAGGCGCGCGCUCCCACGAUGAUGAUGACGAUGAUGACGAAAACGAUAACGAGGAUCGUGCAGUUUUACAUCCGCGUUGGAAGAAUCAAGUGAUUCCUUCAGUUGCGAGCUAUAUUGAAAAUCACCAUCUUUAUGAAUCAAACUAG